CACGGCCUUGCAGUAUUUUAAAGCUCCCAUCAAGACUGAAGAAAAGAGAGCCAGUUUGCAAACAGAAAGAAGGACUUCUUUAACUUCGAGAAACAGGCAGUCAUGAUUUGGAAAAGCACACUUCUGACUACUUUGAUUCUUCAUCUAAUUUCAUUUGAAGGGGGACAGAGCAUCGACCCUGAUGUAAUGCUGAAAUCAUGCUUUCCUCCAGCCAGACCUUCGUCAACCAAUAUCAAUGCGAUCUGUCUUUAUGGCAAUGGUCGUCCCAGAUAUCCUGCCAGCUAUUUCCCUCCCUCCAGUCACGCUUACGCUCGUCGGGCUGUAAAGGCAGUCAACAGGCUGGAGUCCUGGUUUGAGCAGUGCUGCUAUGGAGGUUUGUCCCAUGGAAAUGGACAGAUCCUUUGCUGCGCGGAACAGGCGUGGAAAAACUCCUUGUCCCAUUUCUGUAUUGAGGAAUACUCCAUCAAGACCAUGGUCCAUGAGUGCUGUGAGAAGAAGGGAGACGAACGGUUGAGCUGCUUUGAAAGGCAGGCUCCUAACCCUUCCUACCAACCCAUGUGUGGUUACAAUGCCCCACCUGACAGGAUUUUCUCCUGGGACCCCAACACCUGUUAAAGGUCUUACUGCCAUAUGUUUUGAAUUUCAUUUAGCAGCACACAACCUGUGUCAGUUAAUCAAAUGUGAAUCACAAGCAUAAUGUAGCAUGCUUUACAUGUAAAUUAAACAUUCUCAGUGUACUAAAAGAACUGAAAUAUUUCACUGUCUAUCAAUACAUUUAUUUUCACUUGUAUUAUUUCAUGCUAUAAUUUUUUUUUUUUUCAAAAUAAAAUGUGCUCAUAGCAUUUGAA